AUGGCGACUGAUGACAAGUACGAUAGGCAGAUACGGCUGUGGGGAGGGCAUGGACAGAGGGCGUUGAUGGACUCCAAAAUCCUGGCGCUAGGGUCGACAUCGGUGGUGUCCGAGACGUUGAAGAACCUAGUGCUACCGGGAGUCGGCAACUUCACCGUAGUAGACGACCUCACUGUGUCCGAACGAGACCUCGGGCAGAACUUCUUCGUCCGGAGGGAGGAUCUGGGCAUACCCCGAGCAGUAGCAGUAUGCAACCUCUUGCUCGAGCUCAAUCCUGAUGUCUAUGGCCAUGCUAUUGUGGAGAACAUCCGAACCUACGUAUCACAGCGCCUGCUCAGCCUUCCUCCUGGUGUUGUGCCCCCCUUCAAUUUGGUAUUGGUAUCUAUGCACUCUUGCGGCAGUAGGGUCGCUGAGGCUGUGAACGAAUGGUGUAAAGCUACCGGCACGAAGAUGUUACUUGUGGACAGCAUAGGAUUUGUCGGUAGUGUACGUACAUAUUCAGCGAGUCACUGCAUCGUUGAGUCCAAAAGGGACACGGAAGGUGACUUUGGCGUCGACCUACGAAUAUCACAGCCCUUCCCUGAACUGGAAGCCUUCACUGCCAAGGUCAUUGGCGCUCAUGGCGAGAAGCUAGAGGCUCUAGAUGGAGUGGAGCAUGCUCACAUACCCUAUGUCCUCUUGCUCAUAGCAGCUUUGGCGACAUGGAGGUUGCAGGAUAGCAGGUCUUCAGAAUCACUUCCCUCUACUUCUGAGGAUAGGCAAACGAUCAAGGACAUUCUGAUUAGCUGGCGACGCUCUGCAGGGGAGGAGAACUUUGCGGAGGCCAUUAAGUUUGUGUGGAAGAUCAAGCCCUAUACGAUCCCGGCUGAGGUCAAACAAGUGUUAGUUGAAUCUCACAGUCGGUUCAACGAUUCCUGUUCCAAUUUCUGGAGUCUUGCUCGAGCUCUUGCUGAGUUCUCAAAGCGGCAUGGGUCCCAUUUGCCGUUGAGUGGGGUGGUGGGAGAUAUGACUUCUGACACUACUACAUUCGUAUGCAUGCAAGAGGUCUAUGAGGCCCAGGCCAGGCGAGAUCGGGAAGAAGUGGUCAAUAUCCUCUCACAGCUGGGCAAAAAUGUCUCAGAGCAAUACAUAGAGCUGGUGUGCAAGAACGCUUUGAAUCUGUGUGUAAUAGAGUAUACCACUGUCGGCGAAGAGUGGAUGUUUAAUGAUGGGGACAAGGUGACGGAGCUGUGCAACAGUCUGGAAUCAGAUCCGGAAUCACAGGCUCGGCUGUAUCUAGGUCUACGGGCCAUACAGGUCUUCCGUCUGGAACAUAACGAUUCAUAUCCGGGCCCUGAUGACGUCGCUGAGCUCGCGAGCAUCGCCAACGGUCUCGUACCGCACCUCGCGGACAAAGGGAGCGUCCUUGGUGACAGUCUUGCCCAGGAGCUUUGCCGUUAUGAAGGCUGUGAACUGCAUACAAUUAGUGCUGUUAUUGGAGGAGUGGCGGCACAGGAAGGGGUGAAGUUGCUUACACACCAAUUCGUGCCUCUCGAUAAUACCUUUGUGUUCAACGGGAUUGUAGGCCGGGCGGAACAACUGACUAUGUGA